AUGGCAUACUCUGCUCCUUCCGUUCAGGGGGACUAUUCCAUGGCCACCUCUGAUGACCUUGCCUGGGACCUCAACGGAAUUCCCGAGAGGGGUCCCUCCUUUCAGCCGUGGCGCGCUUACUGGCCGCCCUCGCCGACCCAGGUGUUCUCGGACGAAGAGAAACAGGCCAAACCGUGGCUGACAUGGAAAAGAGAUGCCACCGUGCUCAAUGACAAGCCCUGGUAUCAGUGGGUCAACCUUUUUGAGGGUGAAGUUGACGAGCCUUGUCUGGGCAGAGGGAAAGGCGACCCCAACUGCCCUCACUGUCAAGGAAGCGGCUGCAAUGUCUGUUCUACUGUAGCUGAAGGCGGGUAG